UCCACCUUUGCACAGGCCCUGGAGCACUAUGUCCCCGGCUUCCGGAGAUGUAACCAGGACGACCUGGGCAACAGGCAGAAUGUAGAAUCCCUUGCACGCCAAUGCUUGCGAGACGGACUUUCCGUAUGCAUUGACCGCACGAACUUCGACGCACGGCAGCGUGCGACAUGGAUCAAUAUCGCACAUGAGUUCCCGGACACGCCCGCGUGGGUCAUUGUCUUCGAUACACCCUACGAGGUGUGCGCACAACGGCUGCGCGAAAGGAAGGACCACCCCAAUAUCAAGACUCCCGAAGAGGGUCUUUCUAUACUUGCGCGUUUUCGCUCGCAAUACCAGCCACCUUCGGCUCACGAAGGUUUCUCGAGGAUCUUGUACCUCCGUCCAUCGGACCACCCUUCGCGCGAGUAUACACAGAGCGAUAUCACGGAGAUCCUCCGUCGCGUUGAAGCUACGCCACCUCCGACAAAUACAAUAGACACGUACUUCACCCCACAGAGUAGCCUGGGACAUAGUGGUCGAGGCUACGGUGGCUUCAGGGGGCGUCGAUAUCCAGGUUUUCGCGGAGCCCCGGGUCAUGUAGGGUAUGGACGCGGUGCACCGACGCCCAAUCACCAGCCACAGCCGUAUGGUCAGUAUGACAAUGACACACGAAGUGAGCGUUCAGAUUGGAGACCGCAGCCUACCUCAGGUUACAGUGGCGGAAAUGUCAACAGUAACUGGAGGCAAGCCUCUCAGAAAUGAAGUCUAUGUCGUGCUGCUCUGUCCAAUAGCUCUUGGUUCUUACUGUUGUACUAUACGUAUAAGUUGUGAUUCUAUACAUGCUCCGAGCAGCCUAAA